AUGAGUCUCAAAAGUGUUAAUAACACAAACACUAAGAAACCAAAAAUUAAUAUUCCUACUUAUCAAGAAAAACUUAAACGUGAUUUAAAGACUAGAAUUAGUACGGAUAAACAAAAUCAAAAAGAUGUCUUUGAAUUCAAUGAUGAAUGCUUCGAUCAUAAUAAAUACACUAUUCAAUUAGAAAGAAUGAAAUUAAUAGGUUCUAAACAAUUAGUUAAAAUGUUUAGUCCUCCUAUUAAUGUAGACUUCUUAAAUAAAAUGUUUAAUGAAAAUAUCUCUCUGCUGCUAUGUAUAAUAAAAUUCUUCAACUCAAUGAAUCACAUAUAA